AUGUCGCCCGGUCACGCGGCCAGCUACCGCACCCAGCGUCGCUGGGACGCCGACACACUCGUUGCGCCCGACUGGCUUAACAACGGCGACAAUGCCUGGCAGCUGACGGCAGCGACUCUUGUCGGCCUCCAAUCGGUGCCGGGUCUGAUGGUCAUGUAUGCAGGCUUGGUGAAAAAGAAGUGGGCCAUCAACUCGGCAUUCAUGGUCCUGUACGCAUUUGCCGCCGUCCUCAUUUGUUGGGUCGUUUACGCAUACAAAGCCGCUUUUGGCAAACAGAUGUUGCCAUUCGUCGGUGUGCCCGGCCCCGCUGUCGAGAUGAACUACGAAUUGAAGCAAGCGUUCCUGCCAGAGGCUGGUAUAUCCGCAGCAUAUCCUAUGAGCACCAUGGUCUAUUUCCAGUUCGUCUUCGCGGCCAUCACCCUUGUCCUUAUCGCGGGCUCGGCCUUGGCGAGAAUGAACUUCCUUGCCUGGAUGGUUUUCGUGCCACUCUGGUUGACUCUGAGCUACACUGUGGGUGCUUUCAGCAUCUGGGGAGGUGGCUUCUUGUUCGACCUGGGCGUCUUGGAUUACUCGGGAGGAUAUGUCAUUCACGUUUCGUCCGGAACAGCAGGAUGGGUUCUCGCGUACUGGGUUGGCCCUCGACAUCCUCGCGAUCGCACCGAGUUCCAUCCGAACAACGUUUUGCUGGCGCUCGUGGGCGUUGGGCUGCUCUGGCUCGGUUGGAACGGCUUCAAUGGUGGUGAUCCUUAUACUGCCUCACCUGAUGCCGGUGCCGCCGUGCUCAAUACCAAUGUGUGCACCGCAAUGAGCAUGUUGACCUGGACCAUUAUGGACCUCGUCUUUUUCAAGAAACCCGCCGUCAUUGGAGCCAUUCAAGGUAUCAUCACCGGCCUUGUCGCAAUCACGCCUGCCGCUGGGUUUGUCGCGGGAUGGGGUGCAAUUAUCAUUGGUAUUUGCUCUGGCUCGAUUCCAUGGAUUUCAAUGAACAUCCUGGGCAAGCAAAGGUGGUUCCUCGAAUUCUCCGACGACGUGGUAGGAGAUUUCCAUACACAUUUGGUUGGCGGCGUCGUGGGAGGAUUCUUGACCGGACUUUUCGCCACCAGCGAAGGUACUGCGGCUUUUGCCCUUGCCCCCAGCGGUGGUGCCAUUGAUGGCAACGGGAGACAAGUUUGGGUCCAAAUUGUCGGCUUCCUCUUCGUCAUCGGGUGGAACCUGUUCUGGACCAGCGCCAUCUGCCUGUUCAUUAAAUACGUCAUGAGGAUCCCUCUGAGAUACAACGAAGACCAACUCCUCAUCGGUGAUGGCGAGGUCCAUGGCGAGCUUCCGUACGCCUUCUUCCAUGAUGGACGACAUGACUACGAUGCUCAUUAUGGCAAGCCCCAUGAGGACAUCGAGAAACGUGCGGGAGUGCUGCAGGGCGUGGAUGCCGCAGGGCAUCUUGAUAGCUCGGAAUUGGAAGCGGCAAGUGGGAGCGGCAGCGCCAGUGGUAACGGGGUGAGCAAGGCCACCAAGCAGGCAUAG